AUGACUGAACAAAGGCAACGUGCGCUGUCCACAUCCGGAGAGGCUCUGUACCAGGUACUUGGUCUUGACAAGAACUGUACCCAUGAUGACAUCAAGAGAUCCUACAGGAAGCUUGCUUUGAAAUAUCAUCCUGACAAGAAUCCAGAGAACCCCGAUGCCACCGACAAAUUCAAAGAGCUCAACAAUGCACAUACGGUUCUGUCUGACAGUACCAAAAGAAACAUUUAUGACAAGUACGGCUCAUUGGGUCUGUAUGUGUCGCAGCAAUUUGGGGAAGAGAACGUAAACACGUAUUUCAUGCUCUCCAGCUGGUGGGCAAAGGGCCUGUUUGCCAUCUGUGGCUUGCUGACAGGUUGCUAUUUCUGUUGUUGUCUAUGCUGCUGUUUCAACUGCUGUUGUGGGAAGUGCAAACCGCACACACCUGGAGAAGACGACCCGGAAUUUUACGUGUCUCCAGAAGACCUGGAGGAGCAGAUUCGUACGGACAACGAGAAAGAUGGCGACACUCCGAUUGUGCUUCAGCCAACCAAUGCUAGUGAGAAGACCCAGCUGAUUGGUGAUGGACACAGAACGUACACCUAA